AUGCCGCCGCCAAUUUCGACCCUCAGUUCACGAGCCAGCCUCUACGGUUCACCGCCGAGGACCCGUGAGUGUCUCUACCUUCCCCUUCUCCCCCCCCCCUCUGUAGACCACCUCCAACCGCAGGCUUUACCUACCAAUACUUUGCAUCGGGACGAGAGUGACCCUUUAGGACGGCACUCCUCUGUCCCUUUCCGUAGCGUCGUCUCUAAUUAUGAUACUUCCGCCUGCAAUUCGUGCCGACAGAUCAUCGAUUGCCCCAGUAGCUAUGUCCCUCCCCCCCUUCCGACCUCUAUUAGGGUUAAAGGCUUACUAGCGGGAGGAAAAGAUGCUCAGCCAGACCUCGAGCCCUCCCCCCCAUCGGAUAAAAAAUCAUUUCCCCGGAAGGGAGCGGAAUUUCCCGCAGAGAAUGGAGGAGAAGGGAAGAGAAGGGAGGGUGGGAUGGAGGGGAAAUCGGUUGAGUGA